AUGGCCGCCAGACUCCCCUUUAAAGCCCCAAACUUGGACGCUGAGUUGGAUCCGGGCUGUGAUUUGGCACCGGGGCGCACACAGUCGCAGCUGCCCCUUCUGCCUGGAGUGGCGGAGCUCUCGUCUCCAUCACCUCGCAGAGAUGACAGGGCCCGCAGCGGCGCCUCCCAGUGGCCGGACAGGGCUCAGCUGUUGGACCCGCCGCCUGACAGCUCUGGCAGGUACUUGACCUUAACUGCUUUUGGCUUUCCCGCUGGUCUUCGCCUGGGCCUGGGCUCGGUGUGA